GAAAUUUCGCGUGGAUUGAGUUUGAGAGAGAUUAUGAUUUGAUGACGUUUCUUAUUACUCUUUUCCUAAUUUAACCUCAAAGCAUGGUGCGGAUAUUUUAGUUACUUUAGGUUGGUUAGAAAAUGUUCAAGCUCGAAUCAUACCUGACACCUUUGCUGCUGAAUUAUGUAGACAAGUAUAUAAAGAACUUGAAACCUGAAGAUUCACAGUUUUCUUUAUGGGGUGGUGAUGCAGUUUUUUGCAACUUGGAUCUGAGACUGGAUGUUUUGGAGGAAGAGUUGCAGCUGCCUUUCACUUUUGUAAAUGGUCACAUCCAUGAGCUGCGAAUCCACAUUCCAUGGACUAAAUUAGGCUCUGAACCUGUCAUCAUUACUAUAAAUACUAUUGAAUGCAUUUUGAAAUUAUCUGUUGAUUCUGAUGCCUCUGAUUAUGAUACACAGAAUCCUCAUCGGUCAAAAAAAAUUUCAAGUUAUAAAAUUGUGAAAAAAACAGAUGAUUUAGAGGCACCUCCUGGAUAUGUUCAGAGUCUUAUUAAUCGUGUUAUUAGUAACAUUAGCAUUAUUUGUAACAAUAUUAUUUUGAAAUAUGUUGAAGAUGAUAUUGUGCUCUCACUGAAUAUAAAGUCUAUGGAACUAUUCAAUGUUAACAAUAAAUGGGAAAAAGCUUUUGUGGACACAAGUUUAGCUGAUACUGUUUUCCGAAAAGUUAUUCACAUGCAUGAUCUUACUGUGUGUUUAGAUAAGAGGGAUGCUAGUGGAAAAAUAGAGACCUACCAAGAUCCACUUUUAUAUCGAUGUUCAUCUACAUGGCGGCUGUACAGUGUUUUUAACUCACCACAUUCCAAAUAUCCAGUUGUGACCAGGAUUCAUAUGUUUUGUGAAAGCUUAGAUUUUUCAUUGACUGAUCAACAAUUGCCAAUGUUUUUAAGGCUGUUAUACCUCUGCAUAGCUUUACAGAAUAGGAACAUCUCAGAUGGAGAAAGUGGUUUUAACAAGGAAGGAAUUUCUGAAAAUACUUCUUCAGAUUCUGAAUUAGGGGAUGAUACAGGAAGAAAUUUUGGUGAUGAAAGUUGGGGAUCAUGGGCGUGGUCAUUUGUCCCAAAUGUGUCUCCAAUAUGGGGAAUCACUGAAAGUGAAGAGGAACAAGAAAAAGAAUCUAACUGGAUAAAGGCUAAGAGAAUUCUUCAAUUUGGUUUAUACAUUGGGAAAAGUUCAUGCGUUUUAAAGCGCACUGUACUAUCUCAAGAUACCCCAUCAUGUUGUGGUUCUCCAAAGUGUGUAUUUUUGCCCCUGAUGGUCCUUCAUUUAUAUGGAUGUUCAAUGGAAUUCACAUCAAGAGGAAAAGAUUUCGUAAAUGUUCAAACUGGUGUUUCAGGUGCUACUAUUACUGGACUUGAAGAUUGUGUUUGUGGGUUUCCCGACUUUUCGAGUCCACAAUAUGAAAUGAAAAAGAUUUUUUUUAAAUCUGGGGUUCCACCAGGAAGUGGCCAUGCAUAUAGUUUUCUCUCAUCAUCAUUGUUUGAUCCACUAGCUCCAGAAAACUGCAACCAAAGCAGGAAAUACUGUUUUGAUAGAGAAGAGCAUUUAGCCAUUCUUACAGAAGAAGUUAUGGUGGAGCGUUUUCCUGCAUUUGCUUUUGAUUAUCUUUAUGAAGUGGAAGUUCCUGAUGAGUUCAUAGAUCGGUUAUCAACAGUGACAACAACGUUUUUAGAAGAAAGCAACUGGCAUGAAAGUUCAACAUGUCGUCUAGUAUUUGGCCCUCUUUGUUUGGAUAUUACAAGUAGUUUAAUUCAUAGACUAUCAAAACUAGUCUUUUCUGCAAAAGAUUGUGAAUAUCCGAAUUAUUAUCAGCCUAGGAAAAUUUCUACAAAACCAGUUAAUAUUACUGAUGAUGAUAUCAAACAGUUGGAAGAAUUUGUAUCAGUUCGGCAGUAUCAUCUAACAUUGUUUAAACCUGUUUUGCGGAUAUCAGUGGCAGAUCACUUAGCAUAUUCUCCUACUGCAAAACCUGAAGUAAAGAAGAAAAAG